UCUUCUUCUCUUGACUCCUCUUCUUCUCUCUGCCUCUCUCCUCUCUUUCUUCCUCUCUCUCUCUCUCUCUCUCUCUCUCUAUUUAGUUCUUUUGCCCCCAUGUCAGCUGCAGUCUGGGGGAAUCUGAGGCUGCUGCUCACCUGAGAGAGGAGGCAGAAGCAUCAGCAGCAGCAGAGCAGAUAGCUGAGCUGCAGAGGGAGAAGAAGGGUGCUGAACUGUGCCAAGAUUGCCCUUGCAAUUCAUCAUCUUUGCUCUUGAAGAAAGCCUUUUUCAGCUGCGAGCUCUGAUUGAUGAUGACGACGGCGGCUGUGCAGCAGAAAAGCUUCUCCUGGUAGUGGGAAAGCAGGGAAAUUUCCUCCAUAAAAGUGGGUGCAGUGCUCGAAUUGUGCUGAAUUUUGCUGUUGAUCGGGUAGCUGCGGGAGGGAAAGAUUUCGGAAGAUGAUAACUUUCGUGGACUCGGCGGCGAAGGAGAGGGAGCGGGAGAAUGACAAGUGCCUGGACCCGCAGCUGUGGCACGCCUGCGCCGGCGGCAUGGUCCAGAUGCCGCCGGUGAACUCCAAGGUGUACUACUUCCCGCAGGGCCACGCGGAGCACGCGCAGGGGCAAGGCCCCGUCGAGUUCCCCGCCGGGCGUGUCCCGGCGCUGGUGCUCUGCCGCGUCGCCGGCGUCAGGUUCAUGGCCGAUCCGGACACCGACGAGGUGUUCACCAAGAUCCGCCUCGUCCCUGUGCGGGCCAACGAGCAGGGCUACCCCGCCGACGCCGACGACGGCAUUGGCGCCGCCGCGGCGGCCGCCGCGCAGGAGGAGAAGCCCGCGUCCUUCGCCAAGACGCUCACGCAGUCCGACGCCAACAACGGCGGGGGGUUCUCCGUGCCGCGCUACUGCGCCGAGACCAUCUUCCCGCGGCUGGACUACUCCGCCGAUCCCCCCGUCCAGACCGUCCUCGCCAAGGACGUCCACGGCGUGGUCUGGAAGUUCCGCCACAUCUACCGCGGCACGCCGCGGCGCCACCUCCUCACCACGGGAUGGAGCACCUUCGUCAACCAGAAGAAGCUCGUCGCCGGCGACUCCAUCGUGUUCAUGCGCACCGAGAAUGGGGAUCUCUGCGUCGGCAUCCGGCGCGCCAAGAAAGGGGGCGUCGGUGGACCGGAGCUGCUGCCCCCGCCGCUGCCACCGGCCGGUGGCAAUUACGGCGGAUUCUCCAUGUUCCUGAGAGGCGACGAUGACAGCAACAAGAUGGCGGGGGCGGCCCGGGGGAAAGUGAAAGCCCGGGUCCGGCCGGAGGAGGUCGUCGACGCGGCCAAUCUUGCCGUGAGCGGGCAACCCUUCGAGGUCGUUUACUACCCAAGGGCGAGCACGCCGGAGUUCUGCGUGAAGGCCGGGGCGGUCAGGGCGGCGAUGCGGACACAGUGGUUCGCCGGCAUGAGGUUCAAGAUGGCAUUUGAGACGGAGGACUCGUCGAGGAUCAGCUGGUUCAUGGGGACUGUAUCGGCCGUGCAGGUAGCUGACCCCAUUAGAUGGCCUAAUUCACCAUGGAGACUACUUCAGGUGUCUUGGGAUGAACCGGACUUGUUACAGAAUGUGAAGAGAGUGAGCCCAUGGUUGGUUGAGGUUGUGUCAAACAUGCCAGCCAUCCACCUUGCUCCUUUCUCGCCGCCUCGGAAGAAGCUUUGUGUCCCGUUGUAUCCUGAGCUUCCCAUCGAUGGCCAGUUUCCGACACCGAUGUUCCAUGGAAAUCCACUCGCCCGUGGGGUUGGUCCUAUGUGCUAUUUCCCGGAUGGCACUCCUGCAGGCAUACAGGGAGCCAGGCAUGCUCAAUUUGGUAUAUCUUUAUCAGAUCUCCACCUUAACAAACUGCAGUCGAGUCUGUCGCCCCACAGGCUUCACCAGCUUGAUCACGGCAUGCAGCCGAGAAUCGCUGCUGGUCUAAUUAUCGGUCAUCCAACAGCUCGGGAUGAUAUCUCAUGCUUGUUAACCAUUGGUAGCCCCCAGAACAACAAGAAAUCAGAUUGCAAGAAGGCACCAGCCCAGUUGAUGCUUUUCGGAAAACCCAUUCUCACAGAGCAGCAGAUAUCCUUGGGUGACGCUGCUCCGAUGUCUGUUAGGAAGAGCUCUUCUGAUGGUAAUGCUGAGAAGACAGUGAAGAAGAGUAACUCAGAUGUUUCAAGCCCAAGAAGCAAUCAGAAUGGCACUACAGAUAAUUUGUCAUGUGGAGGAGUUCCAUUGUGCCAAGACAAUAAGGUACUUGACGUCGGGUUGGAAACAGGGCACUGCAAGGUAUUCAUGCAGUCAGAGGAUGUUGGGCGCACACUUGAUCUCUCUGUUGUUGGUUCAUAUGAGGAAUUAUAUCGGCGGCUUGCUGACAUGUUUGGUAUCGAGAAAGCUGAGUUGAUGAGUCAUGUUUUCUACCGUGAUGCGGCCGGGGCACUCAAGCACACUGGAGAUGAACCUUUCAGCGAGUUCACAAAGACAGCGCGGAGGCUGAAUAUACUAACAGAUACAAGCAGCAAUAACCUAGCGAGGUAGGAUAAAUUAAAGCUAUUUUCAACUGUACAGCUGGUGGAGGAGCACGGUGGCAAUUUUUGAAUGCAAACAAAAAUUGUCAGUUUCCUAGUGCUGGUGCAAUUUCGAGGAGUCAAUUCAGUUUUCGUUCAUUAGAGCUCCCAGAAUGGGAAUGACUGUAAUCCAGUACCAUAUUUAUCGGCAGAUUUACCAGGCUGGCUCUAUCCUACUGUCAUGUAAACCGAUCACAGCGGUUGCAUUUGAUCACUGCUGUGUACUCGGGGAUGAACAGUUACCACGCAGACGCGAUUACGGAAUUUUUUUGCGAAUAUGUUGAAUUGUCUGAAAACUCUGAAUCUGCAUGCUCAUAUCAAAAGAUGCGGCACAGUUUCAAGAAUCCAAAAGA